UCAUAGAAUCUUAGAAUCUUUAUAUGACUGGUGCAAAACUUUAUAAUUGUGGUAGGUUAUCAUUUGGGAGCUAACCAUUUAUUUGUUUUUAAAUCUGUAUUUUAGUUGCUUUUUAAAUAUGUUUCCUUUGUUCCCCGAAAAAACAUUUUGUAACUGAUAGAAGAAUUUAUCAUACUUCCGGCAAGCUUCUAUUGAUUGUAUGAAGACGCCAUCUCGACAUUGUGGUGCACGUCUGGUUAUUCGUCUUGUGUAAAGGUUACGUCUCAUGCCAACUCGUUCACCGGCCAGAACUAGUCCGCCAGGAACUGGAAGGAUGUCUUCUCGGCGGUCCCCUGGGUUCCGCCCCAGAGUCAGAGCCUCGCCGGAGAGGCGGCGGCGCAUGCCACCCCCGCAGUCUGCGUCGCAGCCCAAGUACAUCCCCGGGGGCCGCGGGGGCAGCCCUUCGAGGGGGCGAGAGCGAAGGGACUUCCGCAACUCUUCGCCGAGGCGGAGCCGGUCUCCCCUGGCACGCCCGGUGGAGCCCAAGGGCAGAGGGUUCUCCCCGCCCAAGAGGAAGCUGUCGCCCAAAAGGGACCAGCCCCUCAGCCUGGAGCGGGAGCGGGAGAGGGACAGGAUGGGCAGAUCUGUGAUGCCGUCCAGGAAGCGCUCCAGAAGCAAGAGCCCGCCGCUGGCGCCCGCGGGCAGAGAGGGCCACCUCAGCUACCUCGGGGGCUCGGUGGGGGGCGUGGACCUCUCGCCCGGGCGCUACCAGAACCCGUCGCAGGACAUGGACAUUCCCACCCGCAGGGUGCUCAGUGAAAGAUUCCGUGGAUCUAGAUCCAGUUCUUUUGAGAAAGACCGUGGGGACCGCCCCGUGUUUCGGGGGCCGGAAGGUACGGCCUAUGAUAUCAGUGAGUUGAAAAAGAUAUCGGUGGAUAUCCGGCGCACUCUGUCUGGUAACAGCAGUGCUGCUGUGGAGCGCUCUGCCAUGAACCCAGACGAGCUGGUGAUUGUUCGCCGUCCUGAUUGCGGAGAUCGCCCCGUGUUGCGGGGGACCGAGGGAAAGGACUUGAACAUUGACGAGCCGAAAAAAGUUUCCGUGGAUGUCCGUCGUAGUUUGCCGGGUAAAAGUAGCACCAAAAUAGAGCGUAACUUAAUCAACCCAGAGAAGCUGGUGAUUGUCAGACGCCCUGGUGAAGGUUCUCGGCCUAUAUUCGAGCGCGAGGAGAUCGUGCAAGCUCGAUCUGAUCGAAGGAAGUACUCUCCGUCGUACGAGCGCCGCCCAUCUGUGGAGGAACACCACCGCGUGGUUGCUAUUGUGGGACGCUCGGGAUCAGGCCACCGCUACGCCUCCCCUCCGCCGCCGCCCCGCUACGCAGAGAGUCACAGGUCUCGCGAGACGUAUCGCCCCCGCAGCCGCGAGCGUGAGCACUCCUCCAGAGAGUACGUCCACGAGUACGACAGGGGGUACGAGAGAGAGAAAGUGAGGGAUGAUUCACACUAUGACAGGCGUGGAGACGAUGUUCGCCACGAAGUGGAGGUGCGUCACCACCGCGAGGAGCUCAAGUACUCGAGCCGGCGCGAGAGGUCUCGCAGCUACGAGCGACCGCGCGACUACGGCGAUGACAGGCUGGGCAGCGACCUGCGCAUGCGCAUCAACGAGAAGAAGGAGCGCCACGACGACCGGGACGGGCACCACCGCAUGCUGGAGGAGCGGGACCACCGCGACCGGCACCACUCGAUGGUGCAGCCGUCGCCCCCGGGCAGCGACCGGUACAAGCGGGACGACUCCCGCGUCAUGCCCCCGGAGCGCUACUACCACAAGCAGCCCAUGCCCCCGCCCCCCGAGUUCGCCUCCUCCACCCCUCGGCCCGACAAGUUCUACAAGUCCUGGGAGUCCUCCUCCCCGGAGUACGUGCCCAAAGGGAAGUUCUACUACGAGCAUGACAACCGGGAGGACGGCUACAUGCGCGGCGCGCCCCGCGGCAGGGGCAUGAUGAACCGCGGGAUGCCUCGCGGCCGCGGCACCAUGCGAGGGCGUCCCUUCCGAGGCAUGGGCCCCACCCGGGGCGGCUUCAUCCCCAACCGCGGGAUGACUCGGCGUGGUGGAUUCGCACCACGCGGCUUUUUCAAUGCGUUCUGACGGGGAUGGGAUAGGGCCGUUUGCUAAUUCCAUCCUCCCAUAACUCCUAUUAUUAGCAGACAGGUCUAUCCUCGCGGUAGUGACAUGCACACAGACUGAAGACUGGCUGGAAGAGAACUCCGUGAACAUUUAUCUGUAUUUACGUUCCAAAGUGUGUUAGCAGUAAUGUUGUAUUAUUAUAAUUAUCAUUAUUUCUAAAGAAAAUUUGCUUCUGUGUUUGUGACGAGUCCACUUACGGGGCUGCGGUUUGUGAUGGAAAAAUCUUGGGGUGAUUUCUUUUGUUUCGCUUUUAAAAUAGUUCUUGUUUUUGAGAUUGAUGGGGGAUGACACACUAGGUUUUGUUUGCAACCAUGAGAAAAGAAAAAGAAAAAAAAAAUAUUGUAGCUGUGAUUUUUAAUUAUUUUAGGUAAACUCAUUGUGUAGUGGCGGUGCAAGCGGACUCGACGCAGCGAGGCUGAAGUGGCAAUGGGCUCUGGUUGCAGGGUUCCCUUCUGGGCGGGGGUCCCCUCCUUGGCAACAUGAUAUGUUUAACAAGUUCUCGACAGAUGACAACGUGGGGCGGCGCACCGACUAACUCGGCCGACUUCGUUCCGCCAGCGCUGGUGUCAUUUGUCGCAGACUGUCAAACACAUUGUGUUGCACCGGUACUGUGCAGUGGCCACAUUCAUUUUACAUAUUUUUAUAUAGUGGACGGGCGGGCGUGAGCUUGGCACCUCUUGGUUCAGGAGAUGCCACUAAUUCGGGGGUUCGGGCGGCCCAAGUAUUUAUAAGUUUUUGUACGUAUGAAAAUAUGUAAAAUAAAGUUUUAGUUGCCGUUUGUACAAAAAAAAAUGUAAAAAUAUAAAAUUGUAAAAAAAAUUUAUUUACAAGUAUAAGGUAGGUUAAGAAUGGGUUGUGCCCAGUACUCUAACGUACGUAACACUCUGAUAUGUUUGUCAUAAUAUUUGUGUUUACAGAUUGUAAAUCAAGAAAACAAAUAAAAAAUAUAUAUAGAUAUAAA